CCCACUGGGCUUGGUGGCUUGCCAUGCAGCAGUCUGCAGCCAUGCUGGCACCUCUCAGUUAUUUCCGACAGUACGUAAACGCAUCAUGAGAGCCUGCAUAGAAACGCCCUGUUGGGUAGAACCAGAGCCCAGAGACGGAGCUCUGCAACCCGGCAGCAGAUAGGACUCAUAAUAACAAGGAUAUAAACAUAGUGCGGACUCGGAAUAUGUGCAUUGUGCAACCCCUGUCUCAAUACUGUGAAUAUAUCUUAGUUUUAGUAAUUAGUUUAAGUCUUUAUUAACUAUAAACCGGUGGAAGACGGUUCACACAGGACCAGAUGAUGAUAGUGUUGUUGUUGUUGCUGGGUGCCUUUGUCUGUAAAGGCUUCUCAGAUGACAGUUACAAGGAGGAGGAGUACGGGGGCAAAUAUCACGUCCACCGGCGCAGAAAGGUCGUUCUCAUCGAGUUCAUCCCCAAGGACAGCUCGAAUGUGACGAUCUUGUGGAAAGAGGGCGACAAAAUCUCAGCGGACAGAAAGCUCAUAGUGACGGGCUACCUUUCGUUGCUUGAUUUAACUCAGAAAAACAGCGGUCGCUACGUAAUGAGAGACAAAUACGGGAAUGAGGUGUCCACGCACACACUUAGAGUAAAAGCGUCCACAAACACCUUUUACCGGAGACGUGGUGGACGCCUCAGCUUCUCUUUUGAUCUGGAACCAAACUCCUGCAACAUUUACUUCUUCCCAGAGAGAGUCCAUCGGUCGAGGGUGUUGAAGAAUGAGAUAGUUCGUGGAGGCAGGCUGCAGAAGGGUUUGGAUGAACUCGACUGCGUGGGGUUUCAUCUGUUAAAGCCAUGUGAGAUUUCAAACGAGUACCUCCAGAUGUCGUGCAAGGGACGCUAUGAGAUCAGAGAUCAGGACAACAACACAGCCUUAGUGGUGUCACUGCAAAUGGAGCGAAUCGAAUGGAACUUUGAACGGAAAUCUGGUGAACGCUUCAACCUCACUUCUGAUCUGAAGCCAGACUCCUGCAACAUUCACUUCUUCCCUGAAAACGACAAUCAGCCGGGAGAUAUGUCGAUCGACAUAGUUCGUGAAGGCAGGCUGCAGUGGGAUUUGGAUGACUAUGACUGCACAGGGUUUAAUCUGUUACACCCAUGUGGGAUUGAAAAUGAGGCCCUCCAGAUGGCAUGCAACGGACGCUAUGAGAUCACAGAUCAUAACGGCGACGUGGCUGUGGUGUUGUCACUGGAAAUGAAGCCGAUACCUUUUGAGCCGUCUCAUAUCGGUAUUGGUUUUGGUGUUUUCCUCACCUCACUUUUCUGCUAUUGCGUGAGGCGCUGCUGCUGCGGAAAGAGCUCCUCCGAAGAGGAGACGGCUGCUGCUGCCGAACCUGAUGUGCAUUACCAUGAGUAUGACCAUGAGCCUGUUGGACCGAGGUCAGACCAACUCACGGAGCCCUAUGAGACACACUACCCCGCUCAGCCUUCUUAUACUCCGACUGUCCCGCUGAUACACGAGCAUCCUACAGUGGAUGUGCCGCCACCUUAUUCAGAGGUUUCAGCUUCGGCAGACGCUCCGACUGUCCCCGUCCACCACUCUGACCCCGGGCCGCAGUUUGAACUGAAGGGCGUGACCUUUCCCUCCGCUCCCCCGCUCUAUUCAGACUCAGAGCACUGUGCUGUUUAUACCUCAGACAAACUCAACUUCCUCUGAGAGCCUUGAUUUUUGAAAAGGUACACUCAAACUGAGUAAACUCAUUUAUUAGUGUGGCGUUAAAGGAAUAGUUUGACAAUUUGGGAAGUAUGCCUAUUCACCAGUGGCUUCCUGGAGUCUCUCCACUGGUUCCAGCCUAGAAAAUAGUCUGGCACAUAAAAUCUAAUUACCGUUUUUACACUUGUUUUUAUGGCUUAAAAAAAAGAACAAGAUACAACAUGUUAAUAAUUGAUCUUUAGAGUAGCAAAUUUAGCCAAGCUUUCCCCCUGUUCCUAGUGUUUAUGCUAAGCUAAGCUGUAGCUGGUGGCUGUAGCUGGUGGCAUCGCUCCUCUCGUCUAACUGUCGGCAAGAAAUAAAUAAACUCGUUUGUAAAAAAAUGUUUGAAGGAAAGAGUAAAGCCAGUAUUUUGUAUCUGAGUCAGUGGCAUUUAUGUUAUUUUUACAGAGCAGAGCUUGAACCACUAGAUCAAAACCAUAGGUGAAAAGCAUGUUAUCUAAAUUGUGAGUGCCUGCAUUAUUUACUAUAACUUUCUACCUCAUGAGUCUCACUUUAAAGGGCUCAUCAGUUUCUCAUUAGUACGGAGUGAAUAGCUUCCUCAUUCCUGCUGUUCUGUCAGGGACGCACAUCGUUUAAUGCAGACCAGCUUGACUGUGAACAUUUUCAGGGAAGACACAAACGUAAAGUCGCCUAAUCUCUGCAAAGCUCUCUGUAUUUAAAAAGUGGUAAAGAAGUCCACAUCGUACUUGAGUUAUUUGCACAUUUACUUGGCAUUUUGCUGCGUGGAACUCUCUCUCUCGCUCGUAGCUCUUUAAGAACACGUCAUAUUGAUGCAUGCCUUGUACAGUUUAUUGUCGAUUAUGAAUUAGAAUUAACUUCAAAUGAGCUGUAGAUCUUUACUCAUAUUAUUGAUAUAUAUACACUGUAUUUCAUUUGCUCAGACACACAUAUCUAAAUGUGCUAAAGUUACAUUAUAGUAAAUAAUAAAAGUAUCACAAGCACCGGUUGCCUUUUCCUUGAACAUAUUUUCAACGGCAUAAAAACAGCUCUGCACUGCACUUAUGUCAACGUUGUACCAGAAGUGCAUUACUAUAAAAGUAUAACUUAGUAUAAAUCAAUACAUUUAUGACUUUUACAAACAAUAAUACUUGACUAUAGCUGCAAUGUGCUUAUUUCUGCAUGUCUCCAUUUUAUCCGUCUCUCUCACAUAACGCACUAAACACGACUUUAGAGCCAUAUUUGGAACUUUUAAUAAUUGUUUUAAUUUGAAUUGUGCGUUUUUGAACAUUUUGUAAUGCAUGUUAUAGUUUAUAAUAAUAUGUAAAUAUGGUUUUGUUUAAGCACUGCUUUUUGAGAAUGUGAUAUGUUGUAGAACACGUAUGUCUAAACAAGUAAUUAUCUUGUGUUUGUGUCGGUUGCAUUAAAUACCAAACUAUA